AUGACAUCUAAAUAUCGGGAUCUGAGCGUGGCCGAACUCGAAGCCGAGUUACGCAAUGCUUAUAUGAAAAAAGUGCUCGAAUUUCAAAUUCGUGAUAAAGAAAGAGUAUUAGAAUUUUCAAAAAUACGUGAAAACUACCGUUUGAAUAUGGAAAAGCGUCGCGAGUUGGAAGCUUCGAGAGAAGAGGAAAAACGGGAAUCGAGGAUGCGCGAUAUGCGAGAACAAUACAAAAGAGACUUGGAAGCACAAAUGUCGGAGAAAAAGAGAGAGAAAAAGUUGGCGGAUCAAGAGGCGAGAAGGGAGAGAAAAUUGCUCGAAGAAUUUGACCGUAUAGUAGAAGAGAAUGAACUGGCUCUGAAAAUCGAGAGAAAGAGAAGAAUGAUGGAAAUAACGAGCAGAGACAAACUUAUAUUGGAAGAGAUGAGAAAAAUCCGGGAACGAGUAGCCCGCGAGAAUGAAGAAAAAAUGACGAGAGAUGUAGAAAAGUACGAAAAAGAGUUGGAAAAAAGAGUGCUCGAGGUGAAAAAACUUUGUCAAGAGCAGCGGGAGAGGCGCGACAAGUUGAUUGAAAGAGUUGCGGCUAUUUUGAUCGACCGUCAAGCGGAAAAGUCAAUAGAGCACGAUUCCAGGACUCGGGAUAUGGUGGCCGAGGAAAUAUCAUGGGAAAUCGUGAUCCAGGAACGUUUGGAAGAAAUGCGUAGGAAGAAAAUGCGUGAGUAUUUGAAGAAAGGCCUCGACGAGCAGAUCAAGUUCGCGGCCGAAUUAUCCCGCCGCAAUGAUGACCUCGAUAAAGAAUUCACCGAAAACGUAAUCCGGCGGAUCAUGGAGGAUGAACAAAUUGAAAAGUUGACCAACCAGGCGAAAAUUCGAAACAAAAUGAUUUAUCGACAGGAUUUGAUGCAACUGAUGGCCCAAAGAGAAACGAUCAGGCAAAAUGAGAAGCAAAGAAUCGACGAGGAAUUGAAACGGGACCAAGAGAUCGAAAGAAUACGAAACACUCGAAUUCUCGAGGAAAGACGUAAAAUUUUAUUGGAACACGCGAAAAACGUUGGUCCUUACGUUCGAGACGAUUGUUUGACCGAGGACGAGCGAACAGUGAUUGCUCAAUCGAUUGUCACGCCAGCAUUGUGA